ACAAGGGACCAGUCACAGCAUGACGGGCAAAGCGGGGGACGCGCUGGCCCACAGCCUGCCCGGCAAACCCCAACCCCCCGAAGGCGCGCCUCCUCCUAUGCCGGCCUCCGGUUCUAAUGGGGCAGGGGGUGUAGUGGGGGGCUGUGCCGCAGGGGCCAAGCCUAGCUCGGGCCCUACAGCACCACGCUGCACCGGCUUCGGCAUUCAGGAAAUCUUGGGCUUGAACAAGGAGCCGCCUUCCCAACCUCGCGCAGCCCUGGACUCCUUACCCGCCGGGCACCUGCUGGCGGCCCGCUCCGUCCUCAGCCCAGGCGGGGUGGGCGGCAUGGGCAUGGGCUUGCUCAGCACCGGCAGCCUCCCGGGUUUCUACGCGCAGCCCACUUUCCUGGAGGUAUUGGCCGAUCCGCCCAGCGUACACCUGCAGCCGCUGGGCAGAGCCCCCGCGCAGCUAGACACCAGCCAGACGGCCAGCUCAGAUUCCGAAGAUGUUUCCUCCACGGACAGAAAAAUGUCGAAAUCGACCUUAAACCAGAGUAAGAAGCGAAAGAAGAGACGGCACAGGACAAUCUUCACAUCCUACCAGCUGGAGGAACUGGAAAAAGCAUUCAAUGAGGCUCAUUAUCCUGAUGUUUAUGCAAGAGAAAUGCUGGCUAUGAAAACAGAACUUCCUGAAGAUAGAAUACAGGUUUGGUUUCAGAACCGACGGGCCAAAUGGCGAAAGAGAGAAAAAUGCUGGGGAAGGAGCAGUGUAAUGGCAGAAUAUGGCCUGUAUGGUGCAAUGGUUCGUCACUCCAUCCCACUGCCAGAAUCCAUACUGAAAUCAGCCAAGGAUGGCAUAAUGGAAUCCUGUGCUCCUUGGCUGUUGGUUCAAGAUGGCUUUCCCAUGCCCAGGCGCUUUUCUAAACCCGAAUACCAACAAUUCUUUUUAGGGAUGCACAAAAAGUCUCUGGAGGCAGCGGCUGAGGCAGGAAGGAAGCCGGAGAUGGAACGCCAGGCCCUGCCCAAGCUUGACAAGAGUGACAAGGAAGAAAGGGGGCCAGAUUCCAAAACCACCAUUUCCCAGGAGGAACUCAGAGAGAACAGCAUUGCUGCCCUCAGGGCCAAAGCUCAGGAGCAUAGCACCAAAGUCCUGGGGACCAUCCCUGGAGAUCCUCCUACCCCAGUCAGGAAGCCAGAGAAAGAGGAAGAGGCAGCCACGGCAGAGGAUGACCGGCAAAUGGAAAAAUCAGAUUUAUUACAAGAGGAUGAAAAACUGGUUUAGAAGGAAGGGAUGAUGGGAAAUCAGCCAUCUUCUUGAAGACUGACUCAUCUAGUAGCUUCAGCCUCCUCUCAGACUAAUGGGGUCCUUCCUGUAGUCCCUUCUCACCUGGAGGGUGGAUCCACUUGAUCUCUAUACAUUUCAGGAAAUCACAGGCUAAGGCCAUCUUGUGUUGGGUGUGUUCAGAGACUGAUUCCCGCAGGAGCAUAUUGCCCCUGCAAUCUUUGCGCUCAGGAGCCCUUGGGCUCUGCCUCCCUCCAUUUCAAGAAGGGAGAGAAAGGUGGACAUUGAAUACCUUCACAAUUUAUUAUUAUAUUGCCCCCCCCCCACCUGCUAUUCAGCCUCCAUUACUCCAUUUUCACUUCAUCUUUAAAAAUAAUCAUCUCAUUAUCUAGAUUCACACAUUGUGAUAAGCCAUGCUUUAUUUUAACCAUGAUGUUUUGAGUAAGCUUCAAUGUUUUACUGUCACAUUUAAGCCAUAUAUCUUAGUUUACAAGUUACGGUAUUUGACUCAGACAACAUACUAAGCCAAAGCAAACAAACCAUAUAAUGGCUUACCAUGCUGUCUGUACUCAGUGAUCAAAAUAAGUAUUUUUCUCCUUGACUCGGUCAGGUUGUUAGCUUUCCCAGAAGAGAAUAAAAGGCUUAAUUAUGCAUAUUUAUAUUUUCAUUUAAAACUGCCCAUUGUCUGACAUUAAGGCUAUAUAAUAAAGGAACCAAUCUUUUUCCAAAAAAUCAAUCCAAACUUAAAAAUUGAUCAGGUGGCAACCCUAUCUCAUACUGAGUUUGUUCGUGAUUACGGUAUCAGCAUUGUUGAUUGAAGAGGUUCAGCUGCCCUACUCUAUUAACACAAUGUGAACCUUGCCUAAAUAAUAUCUAAUUUUGGACUGUUUAAGGUAUUCAGCUGUAGCUUGUCACAGCCUGCCUUUGCUUACUAUCUUGAAAUAAGUAUGCCAUUUUUCCCUAGAGCAUUUCAGGAGAAAUCAUAUCAAUAAAAUAAAAUAUACUUGUACAACACUGAGUUGAUUCCAGUGAAGAUUAUAUUCCAUAUAUUGUAAAAUAAUCAUGAAUUGCUUGGUUGGGAAUGGAGCACUUAGGUACCAAGACUAUCUGGAUGCCAUAUUGUGUAAUUCAGAUCCCAGCCAUUUUUUCCAAUCUUUUAUGUUUAGCUUUAGAUAGGGUAGUUGAUGGUGUGAGAAAUGCAUCUAAGAGAUAAAUUCCAGUUGUUAUACUUGAUAUUCAAUAUCCCUAAGUGACUGUGAAUAAUGACUUAAUUAAGCAAGAGCGUGGUUUCAUCUGCUUUUGAGCCUGGAUGGCUUCCUUAUGGUUCACAAAUUCAAGUCAAGAGAUAGAGAGUAAGACUUACCUCUAGUAGUGAUGUUUCUUGAGAAAGAAACUUUCACUUACGUUUUAGAAACCUAUUAGUACUGCAUUGUGUUUAACAUGAAAAUUCUAUCAGAAGUGUUUGAUCAUAGUGAUCAUUCAUUAACUAUCUUUGCUUGGUGUUGCAGUCAGCAAAUGGUAAAGAUAGAAUCACAAUACUGUAUUAGCAAAUACUUAUAAUCAGUUUAUGGUCAUUUAAGUAAUCAUAAUAAAAUCAAGUCAUGUACACAUUGCCUAAGAAAUUCAGUUUCAUAAGAACACGGCUCUCUUCUUUUUCAGUGAAGGCCCAUGAUAGCAAGUCCCCAUUUUUUUUCUGUCUUUAUUUUUAACCAGCUGUUUUAUUUAUGAUUGAUUUUCCUUGCUGAUAUAAUCCUUUUCUAUGUCUCCCAGUUAUCUGGUGUUUUAGAUUAUAACUCAUGGUGUGUAAAUAUUGUAUAUAUGGUAAGAAAAGUUGGUAUUUGAGGUGUUUUAAGAUAAAAAGCUGUAACAACUAGUCUUUGAAACUUGUGAUUUUGUGCCAUUUUUCUGUAAAGAUAUAAAUCAGAAUAAAUCCAAACUGAAGAUGAACAAGAAUGAUGCAGUAUAACUAAUAAGUGCUGUUUAGAUAUUGCAACACAGGCAGUAUCUGAAUCAAAUAAAAUCCUUUUUAUGGCCUUUAGGCCACAAUGGGCUGUAUCUCAGCACAAGACAAAAAUAAUACAAAAGGGACAUUUACAGCACAUUAGUAACUCUAUAGAAAGCUUCAAUAAGAUAUUUGAUUAGUAUUGCUGCUUUUCUGGCCUUCAAUGCAUAACAGAAGCUUAAAACAGUGAAGCUUUUAAGAGAAAUCACCAAGUUUAGAUGAAUCCCCCCGGCCUUAAUGCUAAAUGAGAUGAACCACUUCCAACACUUCUCUUUUAAGCACUGAGGAAGACUGCAUUGUUUCCAACACUUGAAUCAAAAUGCCAAGACACAUUAUGUCCAGUUGUGUCCAUUCUGGAUUCUUAUAAUUAUAUCGGGCUGAAAAAAUACCCAAAACAAAAAUCAAAAUUAUUUCUCAAAACAGCUCAUGAAUUUAUUAAACUUUACUAUCCUUACUAAUAUUAGGAGAGAAAGCCACUGGGGACAAAUUCAUCAGCCACCAUUACUUCAGCACCAGAAAUAAGAUUAAACAUAAAGAUGCCAGAGAACA